AUACUUAUCAUUACAGACGGUUUCAUAUAUACAUAGGUGCAUCUAACCUAAUGUCACUGGCCACGUAAUGUUAACGUGACUAUGUCAAUACAUAGUUAAAAACACAUAAUUCGUGACCCAGUAGUAAUGACAUUUGUCUUCAAAAUAAAUAGAGUGUAAUACUUUAAUUUCAUUUAAUACAGAAUUUAAUUUAAUCGAAUGACAUAGCUAUUUUUUUACAAGUAAUAUGAAUAUAACAUGUUGCUAGGUUUAGAUGUCUCUCUCUUUUAAAUAUAACCUCGUUUGCCGGUUAGAACAAUUUUUCAUAAGUUAUGUUUACAUUCUCGCAUCGAGACAGUUGAACAUUAUCAUUUAAUAGAUGAAAAUGACUGCGGUAUGGGAAGUACAUUUUCUGACAAUAUCAACGUUGUUAUUUGUCCUUUGUGUACAAAGUUUGCAGAGUUUAGAAGUUAUAUAUGCAAUAAAUGCUGGCGGUGAAGGGCAUACUGAUAGUUAUGGAAUUCGUUAUGCUAGAGAUCCUUUAAUGGGCAAAGUUGGAACAGCAUCUGAUUAUGGCAAGCAAUUAAUUAUCGGAAGAGUAAAUGCAAUUGAUCAAAUCUUAUAUCAAACUGAACGAUAUCAUCAUAGCACAUUUGGAUACGAUAUUCCAAUAAGUGAAGAUGGAGAUUAUGUUAUGAUAUUAAAGUUUUGUGAAGUUUAUUUCAAUUCUCCGAAUAUGAAGGUGUUUGAUGUUGUAUUAAAUGGUGACCAUACCGUUGUUACUGACUUAGAUAUCUUUGAGCGAGUUGGACGUGGUGUAGCACAUGACGAAUAUAUUCCAUUCAAAGUUCACACUGGGAAGUUAAUAUAUAAUGACGAAGAGUCUGAUAUAUUAGCUGGAAAAAUUAGAGUUGAAUUUAUAAAAGGUUACAGAGACAACCCAAAGAUAAAUGCUAUUGCUGUAGUAAAAGGAAAUAUAGAAGAUAUACCACAAUUGGGUCCGAUUCCACAGGAACCAGAUGAAUAUCACAAUAUACAGGAAGAUGAAGAAGAAUCUACAGUUCGUAGUCGACAUACAAGUGGUCCCAGAACUCCAGAUCCUUAUUCGAUCGAUGAUUCUUCAGUAAUGUUACCAAUUUUUGUAGCUCUUGGGGCAUUUAUUCCUUUAUUAUUUUGCCUAUGUAAACUAUAGGCUAAGUAAAACCUUUUACACAUGAA